AUGGCUAGUGACUACAACGGAGGUGAUUAUAAUACAUCUGGAGGAUUUGAUUCAACCGGUGGUGGAUCUCAAGGUACUAGAACUCAAACCAAAAACAGUCUUACACCUGUUACAAUCAAGCAAAUUAACGAUAGUAAACCAAUUAUACAAGAUGGUGAAUUUGUUGUCCAUAAUCUAGAACUAAAUCUGGUAUCAUUCGUUGGUGUUAUUCGUAAAGUUACAGAUAAUACAUCAAACUUACAAGUACAAAUUGAAGAUGGUACAGGUUCAAUCGAACUACGUAAAUGGGUUGAUGAUAAUGCACAAGAAGAUGCUAAUACAUUCAUAAGAGACGGUAAAUAUGUUUACGUUACAGGAUCCGUUAAAGAAUUUGGUGGUAAGAAGAAUAUACAGCAUACAACAUUCCGUGAAAUAACAGAUUAUAAUGAGGUUUUAUAUCACCAUUUAAGUGCAAUUGAUUCACAUUUGAAAGCACAAGGUACUAUCAAGUCAGAUUCAGGUGCCCAAGGAUCUACAAAUGGAUUGUUUGUUAGUGGACCAUCAGCUUCAGAAACUGGUGGAUUAUCAACUGCUGAUAGAAUCCAUGAAUAUAUUAGUGAGAAUACACCAUCAAUGCCUGAAGGUGUUCCAGUUCAGCUGAUUGCUCAAAACUUGAACUUAUUGGUUGAUGAUGUUAUCCUACAUUGUGGUAAAUUAACAGAAGAUGCCAAAAUUUACGCAGGUUAUGAUGAAAAUGGUUUCUUAGCAGUUUAA